GGCCAGUAUUGACCACACUCGCUGAGCCUGCAAACAUUCAUUACAUGUGUAGCCGAGAGAGAGAGAGAGAGAGAGCGCCUGCUGUCCUGACUCAUACCCUGCCUGACAGCGCUGCGCGUUCAGUGGUGUGUAUGCGCCUGCUGUCCUGACUCAUACCCUGCCUGACAGCGCUGCGCGUUCAGUGGUGUGUAUGCGCCGGCUUUUCAAUCAGCAGCAGUUUUUUUUUUUUUUUUUUUCUCUUCUGCCGGGGAUUUCCAGCGCUCGGGAGGAAGUACGAGUUAGGCAGGGGCUUUCCACACUGAUCUGUACUGGUCGCUGUGUUGGAUUCACAGCAGCUCAGCCAAUACAAUAUGGGGGAUUUUUUGUUUUUGAGCAAUCUUUCAAAUACCGACCACAUACGCAUUUAGCAAUGGCACAGAUGAACCAGUCUGGUGUAAGUAUUCGUUUUAAAGUAGAAUAUUGAGAAUCGCUUGGAACUGACCGGUUUUUUUUGGUACGCUGUUUUUUCUCCAUCUAACUUACAGCAGUCCUCGACAUAGGGAGAUUGGACGUCGUAAACGGAUUGCUAUAUUGUCCUUCUGAAUCCGUGCAAAAUCCAUGAUGUCUUCAGGCUCUGGACUCGGUUGAGUAGCAUGAACUUGUAUAAACCCAUGCAUAAUCAAUUCUAAUGAAUCCAUGAUACAGCAGUUGAAGUCAUGUCAGCUGGUAGGAAUGUGGACUUGCCUCUGGAACUGCAGACCCAGCUGCAGCGGCUCAACCCGGCCCGCCCCCCCCCUGCAUCGCGGCCGGGCUCCAUGCGCUUGGAACUGAGCCCCCCCCCCUCCUCCUUCAUGCCGCUCCACAGGGGGUUCAAGGACCGCUUCGUCCAGCCGCUGGAGCCCAAGUACUGCUGCGAGUCCUGCAAACUGGCCCUGUGCAACCCCCGGCAGACCGAGUGCGGGCACCGCUUCUGUGAGAGCUGCAUCCGGGACCUGCUCUGCCUCCAACCCCCAAUCUGUCCAGCUGAUGGCGAGCCUCUCUAUGAGGACAAAAUAUUUACUGAUGUGUGCUGCAGGAGAGAGAUCAUGGGGCUCAAAGUGUUCUGUCGGAAUGAAAAGAACGGCUGCCAAGAGCAGAUGACGCUGCAGCUUCUUCUAGAACAUUUACAAGACUGCCCGUAUUACGAGAUCACGUGUCCCCGGGCUGAAUGUAAAGACACAUUUCUACGAAAAGACGUGUCUGACCACCUAGAAACAAAAUGCAAAUAUAGAGACACAAUAUGCACUUACUGCAAGAGGACGGUGUUGUUAGCAGAUCAGAAGAAACAUGAAGAAUCGGUCUGUCCAGCCUUUCCUGUUACUUGCCCAAACAAAUGUAGCUAUAGCUCUGUUUUACGAAGUCAGCUAACUAACCACCGGCAUGAAUGCCCUAACGCCCAAGCAAACUGUAUGUUCAGUCGCUAUGGAUGCACCUUUAAGGGAUUAAACCAAGACAUGAAAGAGCAUGAGUCACGCUUCAUGAGCGAGCAUCUCAAACUGAUGGUGGCAAGAAACUCCAGUCUAGAGACCAAGAUGGAGGAUGUGAAGACUGAACUGCAGGAAAGAUACAAAGUCCUUCCCAGUCUGAACACUCGAAUCAUUGAGCUAGAAAACAGAUACGAGGAAGUGCGGGAAAAAUCAAAGGAAAUGGAACAGAAGAUCAGUAACGUACAGAAGCUGCUGGGCUCUCACUCGGAGAAGGUGAUGGAGAUGGAGAUGGAGCUGCGCUUGCUCAGGCAGGCGAAGGAUGAUGUGGAGACUCUGAAGAGCACAGUGGAGUCGAUCCGCAGCCGUGUGGCUGUGCUGGAGGGGAGCGGCAGAGGAGGAGGAGGGGCCGGGACACACGCACUGGGCCCUCUGGAGACGCAGCUGGCGAGGCACGAUGACAUGCUGAGCGUUCACGAGAUCCGUCUGGCUGACAUGGACCUGCGCUUCCAGGUGCUGGAGACGGCGAGCUACAGCGGGACGCUGGUCUGGAAGAUCAGGGACUACAAGCGGAGGAAGCAGGAGGCAGUGAUGGGGAAGACCCUGUCGCUGUACAGCCAGCCCUUCUACACCGGAUACUUCGGCUACAGGAUGUGUGCGCGGGUCUACCUCAACGGGGACGGGAUGGGCAAAGGCACCCAUCUGUCCUUGUUCUUCGUGGUGAUGCGAGGGGAGUACGAUGCCUUGUUGCCCUGGCCAUUCAAACAGAAAGUCACCCUCAUGCUGAUGGACCAGGGGCCCGCCAGGAAACAUUUAGGGGAUGCCUUCAAGCCAGACCCCAACAGCAGCAGCUUUAAGCGGCCGGCAGGGGACAUGAACAUCGCUUCUGGUUGCCCGCUGUUUGUUGCCCAAACUGUGUUAGAAAAUGGGACGUAUAUCAAAGAUGACACCAUAUUUAUUAAAGUGGUGGUUGAUGCUUCAGACCUGCCAGAUCCAUGAGCUGAGUUGUGAAGCAGGAGAUGUGAAAGCUGCCGCGCAGGGACGGGUGUGCAGGCUUGAUGCCUCUGGGCAUCCUGGACCUCCCAGAGGAAUGGGGCGGGAAUCUGCAGUCAGGAUCAUUAGUGUGGGUUGCUAGAUUGCUGUGAAGGCUUUAGAUAUGGGACUUCUUGGUUGGGGGAAUACAGAAGAGCAAGCUGGUUGUCAUCAGCCUUGCUGUGGAUGUUUAGAGAGAAGCUGCAAUCGUGGUGUUGAGGAGACUGUACCUUCUGUGUAGGGCUCCCAGACACACAGUGCUGGGGGAGCAGGGGAGCGAGCCAGCCCCCCGGGUCACACACAGUGCUGGGGGAGCAGGGGAGCGAGCCAGCCCCCCGGGUCACACACAGUGCUGGGGGAGCAGGGGAGCGAGCCAGCCCCCCGGGUCACACACAGUGCUGGGGGAGCAGGGGAGCGAGCCAGCCCCCCGGGUCACACACAGUGAUGGGGGAGCAGGGGAGCGAGCCAGCCCCCCGGGUCACACACAGUGCUGGGGGAGCAGGGGAGCGAGCCAGCCCCCCGGGUCACACACAGUGCUGGGGGAGCAGGGGAGCGAGCCAGCCCCCCGGGUCACACACAGUGCUGGGGGAGCAGGGGAGUGACCCAGCCCCCCGGGUCACACACAGUGCUGGGGGAGCAGGGGAGCGAGCCAGCCCCCCGGGUCACACACAGUGAGUUGAAGGGAAGGUGUUCACCACGAUGCAUCUACAGGUACAGCUGCAGUAGUUUUGCACUUCCAAGACCGUGAUGCUAGAUAACACUGAAACACGCAGCGCACAUGCGAUUAACUUGAACUCUUCAAGGGCAGGCCUUUGAACUGGUUUGUGUUGCUGUAUAUCUUCAUUAAGAAUCUGAUUUUCUUUUUUUCUUUUUUUUAUUUUUAAUGAAACCUUCAGCACCAGCGCCAGGUGGUUUCAGUGCCAGGUGGUUUCAGCUCCAGGUAGUUUCAGCUCCAGUCCCACAGGGUUGUAAACAGGCUGGGUUUUUGUUAUUAUGGGGCUUAUUAUUAUUAUUAUUAUUAUUAUUAUUAUUAUUAUUAUUUACUGUAAAACAAUAUUUUUCAUUUUAUUUGCAAAUUUAUAAGUUAAAUUAUUGUUUAAGAUAAAACCUGGGCAGUUUCUGGUCACCAGAAAUUGAACCACUGGCCUAGCGAUACCAAAGACCACUGAGCCUUUCCUUAUGUUCUUGUAGGUCCUAAAAGUGUAAUUAGGGGCGUUCUGAAAAAAUCUAGCGUUCUACAUCCCCAUGUGUUGCUACAACUGUUUAAAUCGCGUGGCUGAGGGCUGCUGCUGUUGUGAGAGUUUAAAGGUGAAACACUUCAUGAACCCACAUUUCUACAGUGGACAUUGUGAAUGGGUUUGACAGAGCACCUGCAGUAUUGCAGCAAUAGGGGGCAGCAUGUCCAGAGACAAGUGAAGACCUCCUUGAGAAAUUCAAGCAGGAAUUGAAGCGUUUCAUUUGUGAUUUGUGUGACAGUUCGGAUCACUGUAUUUAUCAACACUCCUAUGGAUGCCGUGCAUCAUUUACUUUCUUUUUUGCAUUUUGCAAGGAUUGAAAUAAAAUAAUUUUUCAAAAAUGACUCUC